AUGGGUAGAGAGAUUGUAAUUGGACUAGUUGGAAAACCAUCAAGUGGUAAAUCGACCACGCUAAACUCAUUAACUGAUGCUAAUGCCAAAGUUGGUGCAUUCCCCUUCACCACCAUCGAUCCAAAUAAAGCCACUGGAUACUUGGAAAUAGACUGUGCUUGUCAGAGGUUCAACAAGCAGCUGAAAUGUAGACCAAACUACGGAUACUGCCGUGAUGGGAAACGUGGUGUGCCCAUUAUGCUUUUAGAUGUUGCUGGAUUAGUACCCAAUGCCCAUCUUGGUAGAGGUUUGGGUAACAAAUUCUUGAGUGAUUUAACUGAAGCUGAUUGCUUGAUCCAUAUCAUUGAUACUAGUGGAACUACCGAUGCUGAGGGUAAAAACACGCGAGGCUAUGAUCCAUUGAAUGAUAUCGAGUGGUUACAAGAUGAAAUAUUCCAAUGGAUUUUGGGUAAUUUAAAAGAGCGAUGGGGCUCAGUGGUGCGAAGACACGUGGGUACAAAGUCGUCGACUUUGGAGACGCUAAGACAGCAAUUGGGUGGUUAUGUUGCUAAUAAACAAAUGAUUGGCCGAGCAUUGGAUUUAAUACCCGAUUUGCCUCCGUUACAGGACUGGGACGAUGAAAUGUUGGAACGAGUAGUGAGAGCAUUUAUGGAGGUUAAGUUUCCCACAGUCCUCUCAUUGAAUAAAAUGGACCACCCUGAUGCUGAUAAGAAUGUAUCCAAGAUAAUCUUGAAAUAUCCCAAAUCAAAAGCAGUACUAACAUCGUCAAUUACCGAAGUGUUGUUGCGGAAAUUGGCGGCCCAACAUUACAUCAAGUAUGAUCCAGGAACAGAGUUUGUUGACACCAAGGAGGAUUUACCCGAUGAUCCUGAUUUGAAGCCCAUGGAUGAAAAAUUACAAAAUAGAAUUGAAAAUAUUAGAGAUCUUGUUUUGUAUCGAUUUGGAUCGACUGGUGUGGUUCAACUACUCCAAGCAGCAGCAGAAUUGUUGGAUUUGGUACCAGUUUACCCUGUGAGAAAUAUCAAUAAUUUCACUGGAUCCAGUGGGGAUUUGGUUUUCCGCGAUUGUAUAUUGGUAAAACGAGGUACCCCUGUUAUAUCAGUGGCCAGGAAGAUUAUGGGCGAUGUGACUAUCGCUGCUAUUGAGGGUGUGGGUGGUAUAAAAGUUGGUGAAGAUGAUACUGUAGAUACUGGCAAGAAUGAUAUUCUAUCGUUUAAGUUGGUUCCUGGAAGUCGAAAUUAG